AUGACCGAAGACGUUCAAGCGAUUGGCUCUGAAAGAAAAAACAAGUAUCACAUGACCACGUGCGGUGUAAAAAGUGGUUCACUAAAGAUCGAGAUUGGCAAAGCGCGGAGACAUCGCGGAGGCCGGUCAUUCGAUGACCGUCGUCCAGUCGGUCGGGACACCGAAGGACAGGCGGAAGGUCGAUCCGCUGUACCGGAACGGGCGUACAGUAACGGACGAUCGUCGCCGUCGCUGCCGCAGCACAGACGACUGUAUAUACAACGUAUAUCAGGCCAGCAUCACACACCCACAUUCGUCGACGGCGUAUGGUAUUAA